CAACUCUGCCUUUUGAUUGGUCUUUCGAUCUGCCCAUCCCGGCUCGGGGGCGGGAUUUCCCCAGGAGACCCACACUCUGUCGCCACUGGCCGAACAGUGCGCCUGUCUGAAGCUCCAGGCCCGGGAUUGGAGGCGGACGCGGACAGGUGGGCGUGGAUUGGCUAGGGUAGCCGGUCAGUGUGAGGCGGGGGCGGGGCCUCGGCGGCUGGUUGCGCGUGUCCGCCGCUGGCUCCGCUCUAUCCGGCUUUGCUAGGGGAGGUGAGUCCGGCCGCGGCGGCACCGGCGGCUGAGGAGGCGGCGGCUCGAGGAGAAAGCGGCCGCGGCGGCUGAGGAGAAAGCGGCCGCGGGGACGGAAGCCGGGUGGGGGGGAGGGGGGGAGACGGAGCAGCCUUGAGCCCUGCGGGGGCCGUCGCGCGGGGGGACCCACCCGCUCUCCCCCCCAACCCUCCUCAGCAGAAGCAGCCGGCGGCGGGGGCAGGAGUCAGCCCGCUUCCGACUGCACCCCGCCCGUCUCCCGGGGCUCCCAUUCUUUGGCCCCGGGACCUUAACCUCCUCCCGGGGCGGUUCCCUGUGUCUGGGCGUCCGAGUGCUGCCCACCUCUCUUUCAUUGCUCCCCGCACCUCCUUACCUUCACUUUGCCCCGGUUCUCUUUCUCCUCUCUGUCCUGCCCUGUCGCCUCCUCUGCUCACUCUGUCCCUCCUGCCUCCUUCCCUGGCUCUUUUCUGUUCGGGAAAGUUUAGUACCCCCCCCCCGCCCCCCCAAUCAGGUCAACCUGACGAGGAGUAGGGGGAGAUGUAGGAAGGCCUGAGAGUUCGAGGGGGGGAGCUAGUUUCCCUGAACAUUUCCCCCCAUCUUUUCACUUUGGGGUGGUUGGAAUUUUUUUCAGUUGCAUUUUUGAGGAGGUGGUAGGUGUUUAGAAAAGGAUGUGGGAAUGGAAGGGGUAGAUGAGUCAAGCCUCUUACAAGAUUCCCAGGGUGGUGUGUUACCUGAUCCUUUUCGCGUGUGGAGUUCAGGGGGUCGGGAGGUUUGGCCUUUAUUCCCACAUUCAAAGUUGGAACCUCCCCCGAAUUAAGGAUGGAGUUUUAGUACCCACUUGUGGCAGGAAACCUGGGGGGAAGGGGUCCCUUUUUCCUUUUUCUUUUUCUUUUUCUUUUCUCUUUUCUUUUAUUUUUGGGGGCAACCCACACCCUUCCACACACACUCACCCCCAAAUUAAACACCAAGAUCCUCUAACUUGUCUGGAUUGACUGAUGAAGACAUAAAGCCACUUCCGCUCCAUGAUUUUGGAGGUGGAGUGAGUGGGUUUUUUCUUCAUUUUUAAAUGGCCAAAUGACAGCUUGACCCAGUUUGCUUUCCAAUCAAAGGGCAUUUUUUUUUGAAUGUCUCUUUGUGGCGCAAGAGCCAACGCAAAAAUGAUGGCGGCUUACAAUGGCGGUACAUCUGCGGCAGCAGCAGGGCACCACCACCACCAUCACCACCACCUUCCACACCUCCCUCCUCCUCACCUUCACCACCACCACCACCCUCAGCACCAUCUUCAUCCCGGGUCGGCUGCUGCUGUCCACCCCGUACAGCAGCAUACCUCCUCUGCAGCUGCGGCAGCCGCAGCAGCGGCCGCAGCUGCAGCCAUGUUAAACCCUGGGCAGCAGCAGCCGUAUUUCCCAUCACCGGCACCGGGUCAGGCUCCUGGACCAGCUGCAGCAGCCCCAGCUCAGGUACAGGCUGCCGCAGCUGCCACAGUUAAGGCGCACCAUCAUCAGCACUCGCAUCAUCCACAACAGCAGCUGGAUAUUGAGCCGGAUAGACCUAUUGGAUAUGGAGCCUUUGGUGUCGUCUGGUCAGUAACAGAUCCAAGAGAUGGAAAGAGAGUAGCACUCAAAAAGAUGCCCAACGUCUUCCAGAAUCUGGUCUCUUGCAAAAGGGUCUUCCGGGAAUUGAAGAUGUUGUGUUUUUUUAAACAUGAUAAUGUACUCUCUGCCCUUGACAUACUCCAACCUCCACACAUUGACUAUUUUGAAGAAAUAUAUGUUGUCACAGAAUUGAUGCAGAGUGACCUACAUAAAAUUAUCGUCUCUCCUCAACCACUCAGCUCAGAUCAUGUCAAAGUUUUUCUUUAUCAGAUUUUGCGAGGUUUGAAAUAUCUCCAUUCAGCUGGCAUUUUACAUCGAGACAUUAAGCCAGGGAAUCUCCUUGUGAACAGCAACUGUGUUCUAAAGAUUUGUGAUUUUGGAUUGGCCAGAGUGGAAGAAUUAGAUGAAUCCCGUCACAUGACUCAGGAAGUUGUUACUCAGUAUUAUCGGGCUCCGGAAAUCCUGAUGGGCAGCCGUCAUUACAGCAAUGCUAUUGACAUCUGGUCUGUCGGAUGUAUCUUUGCAGAACUACUAGGACGAAGAAUACUGUUUCAGGCACAGAGUCCCAUUCAGCAGUUGGAUUUGAUCACAGAUCUCUUGGGCACACCAUCACUGGAAGCAAUGAGGACAGCUUGUGAAGGUGCUAAGGCACACAUACUCAGGGGUCCUCAUAAACAGCCAUCUCUUCCUGUACUUUAUACCCUGUCUAGCCAGGCUACACAUGAAGCUGUUCAUCUCCUUUGCAGGAUGUUGGUCUUUGAUCCAUCCAAAAGAAUAUCCGCUAAGGAUGCCUUAGCCCACCCCUACCUAGAUGAAGGGCGACUGCGAUAUCACACGUGUAUGUGUAAAUGUUGCUUUUCCACCUCUACUGGAAGAGUUUAUACCAGUGACUUUGAGCCCAUCACCAAUCCCAAGUUUGAUGACACUUUUGAGAAGAACCUCAGUUCUGUCCGACAGGUUAAAGAAAUUAUUCAUCAGUUCAUUUUGGAACAGCAGAAAGGAAACAGAGUGCCUCUCUGCAUCAACCCUCAGUCUGCUGCUUUUAAGAGCUUUAUUAGUUCCACUGUUGCUCAGCCGUCUGAGAUGCCCCCAUCUCCUCUGGUGUGGGAGUGACGGUGGAAGAUAAUGUACUACUGAAGAUGUAAUGUAGCUUUCCACUGGAGUCUGGGAUUUGCAAUUCUGGAGGUUAAUCAUGCUUGUACUGUAAUUUUACUAAUGAAGUUUUAAAUUAACAACCACUACUUGUAUGAUAUGAAUAAUAUUUAGAAAUGUUACUAGACUUUUAAUCUUGUAAAGUGGUUGUGCUUUUAGAAGAAAAAUAUUUUACCCAGAGUUGCACAUGUUUUAUGAAUUUAGUGCAGCUGUUAUGGCUCACCUCAGAACAAAAGAGAAUUGAACCAAAUUUGGGAGUUUGGGGUUUUGUGUUUUUUGUUUUGUUUUUCUUUUUUAAAAUGAAGUGAGAUUGUUCACACACACACACACACACACACACACACACACACACACAAAGGACAGUCAUACAUUUUGAUAUUUGAGCCAUUCCUGAAAAUUUGGGGUUCUCUAAAACGAAAGAAUCUGGAAACCUUGCCUGCGACCAAUCAUGGAGCCACGUGAGCUGAUCGUGGCUGCACCUCGGGAGGGGGGAGGGGGGAGGGGCAUGCCACCUAAUGAUCAAGCCCUAUAAUUAGCUUCUCAUUAGAGCCGUGACGGUGAUGUGUGCUGUCUAAAAUCCAAUGUUGUUGGUAGAGAGAAUGAAUUUGUGACUAGGAGAGACUAAACUUUUGUUUUCCUUACCCAGUAUAAAUAUAUAUAUAUAUAUUUAAUCUAUUUUUAUUAGAAGUUUUUCUGCUCUUUCUUACAUAAAAGAACCCCCAAGCAUGCAUCUUUCAUGUGUGUAAAUAAUUCAUUUCUGGGCUAAUUUCAAAAGAAUCCCAACAUUGCUGUAUAGAGAGAGAACUAGCUUGCACAUUUUAGGUCUGUGAAAUUUUGUGAGACUUUUCCUGCACUGGACAGUAAAAAAAAAUAAAUAAAAGACAAAAACAAAUUAAAAAAAAAUUUAAGCCACAAAAAAAAAGGCACAUAGGGAAUUAUGUCAAAUGUGUUUGUGUCCUUAGGCAAAGCUGUGGGAGUCUUGAAAUGUCACAGUAGUAAAUAACUUAUUACUUUUUGACAAAUUCUUUUUUCUGUUGGAACACUGAAUUCUUCUGUGCAUAUGUAUAUAUGAAUACAAAUUGAAGGCCUCUACCUCCUGGAGUUAUACAACUUGGCUUGUUUACCUCCACAUGCUGAUGAUGACUAUUUUUUUUUUUUUUAAGUUCAAUGUGGAGACUUGAAACUUGAAUGUCCCUUCCAACUUUUAUAUUAAAAAUAAAAAGACAAGAAAAUUGAAGAUCGUUUUUCACCUGUACAAGGAAUACUAAUGGAUCGUCUUAAAAUUGGUCUAGGAAAAACCUUGGUGUGUGUUAUGGACAAUUAACUGUUAAAGUUAUUGUAAGUUAUCUGUAUUUAGCAGAGUAUUUUCAUCUUGAGUGAUCUGAGCUGAAUUUGAAGACUAUUAAUAAGUUAUGUUUGGAAGUUUUAACUUCAAUGAAGUAAUUAUUUGCUGUGAAAGAAACAAACAUUGAAUUACUAAACAAAGAUGGUGCAAUAUCUUUGUUUUUUUUUUAUGAGGCUCCUGAGAAUCAACCCAACUGAAGCAUUUCAAUUCACUUGAAUGAGAAACGUGUUUAGUAUCAAAAGAGCCCAAGAAGACACUGGUGUGAAAGGUACAAUCUCAGAGGUUGGUCAAUUACCGUGGCACACUUACUGGUCACUUUGUACAAUGUAGAUUUGAAGUACAGUGGUGAAAACAUUAAAUGUGACAUUUGAAAAA